GUUUGUAUUUGAAAAUUAAUUGAAGCAAACUUACUUUGCAAGUAGUGGACUGUGGACGCGUCGACGAUGUAUUCAAGUUGCUUGUUGAGGCGUUCUUCAGUUCUUUCGCUCUCCUAUCCAAGCUGUCGUCUAUUUGUCCGCCAGCAAGGCGUGGCAGGAUGGAGGCGAGAUCUGAAAUCCACAGAUCAUCGAAUUCUUGCUCAGAAACGGAGAUUCGAAUCUCCAACCGUUCAUAGUAUGAUAGAUCUUGUUUGUAUAUUACGAGUUGGGUCACUGUCUGUGGUUGAUGAUAUCCGACGAAUAUUUUCUACCAAGCAUCACCAUGAGCAAUCGACUAAUGGUCGCUCACGUUUACUUGCCACCCAUCGCAUCCGCUUGACACUUCGACAAUGUAUGUUUCCCGUUCUUCUGAUGAAUGUACCCUGGAUUGGCUAUGUGAUUGCGUUCUUCAUAUUACGUAAUCCAACGAAGUAUCUCACUCCGUAUUUCUGGAGCAAAGAAGAUGAAAUACAGUAUGCCAAAGAUAACUUCCCAAUGCGCAGAGUCUUUUAUACUCAAGUUGUCAAUGCAGUCUUGAAAUCCAAGCUAAUUGAUGCAAAGGAAAAACGUGCCAUUUUGCGGGUGGUGAAAGGUGAUGUUCACUCAGCUGACAGCCUGGUAAACAUCAUUUCUAUGAAAAUGCCCCUGAGUUCGCUGCCGCAAGAACAUGUUAUAUCGCUGGCAAGGGCUUGGCAUAUCUGGAAGGUUCUACCUGACCUCCGGGACAACGUCCCAGCAUGGAGAAAUCGACUCCAGCUAGAACGCCACAUGGUCCUGGUGGCUCAGAACGACACAUCUCUAUGUUCACUUGGCAAUCUUAGUGAACUAGAGAAAGAUGAUGUCCAGUACUGUUGGCAGAUGAAAGGCUUUCCAGACUGCCCAUUCGACGAAAAACUCCAGUUCUUACGUUCAAGCGCUCAUCACUCUUUUCUCAGUAAAGAUUUAUCUGUUGUCGCCCACUUGAGCAUAUUUAUGGCGCUUGGCUUGGCAUCUAGACAUGAGCAGUGAAUCCUUCUCUUCACAAGGGCAACAAUGAUACUAUGGACUUGCGGCACAUGUAAUAGUCAUCGCCCAGUCAUCUGGUCUAUUCUGUAGCAAUAUUCGGUCACGACUGUUAGGGUGGUGACCCUGCUGAUUCUCAAAUGUCAGUUGGACAGACUCUCAUGCAAACCAGGACUUUUUAUUUUUUACUUUUAAUUGAUAGCUGGAUGCCAUCAUCACUCAUCGAGCCAGUAUUCACUUCAAGAGUGCUCACUCAUCUCCGUUAGUCAUUGUUCAAAAAUUAUAGUGCCAAAAUACCCCUUGCAACUUGGGCCAACCAAAAAUAUCUUUGAAAGUAAGUGUUAGCUUCAGAAGGAAAAUCAUGGAUAACGGACACAUUUCAACUAACUGAACUUCCACGGUGUUUCUCUUCAAAAUUCUCUGCUUCAGAAGCAACAUUUGUUUUAGCAAGCUCUCGCUCUCCCUGCUGCCAUAUAUUUUGUGUUACUUUUCAUGUUGGUCAUCUUCAACAGCUUUAUACUUUGAACAUCCCAGCUAAUUCCCCCCGCACCUUCCAUUGGCUAUGCUUUUAUAAUAAUGCCUUUGUAGCUUGUUAGGAUAUUGUGGAAGUCGUUGACGGCUAUAGUGGAGUCCCACUGCUGUAUAGCCGCUUCUUUGAGUGCUAUGCGCAUGUACCUUGGUCAGUACAUGGCAUAUUGUGGCUGUGUUUGUAUUUGUGCAGACAAUGAACCUGCCGACGCUGCCUUCUCUUUUCUCUGCACAUUCCAUAGGUCCAGUGUUCUUGCCAUCAGAGUGACAUUUUUAAAGCCAUUGCAAGUAUAGUUGAUACUCUUUCAUGAUAUUCAUGACAUUUUUUAGAAUGUUACAAUACUACAGUAUAUAUGUACUAGGAUUUCAAAUUAGAUGCACGUUUUUCACUUUUUUACAAUACAUAAAAAAAUUAUUAUGUCACACUGAAUAAAUUAUUUCUUUUGGAUAAAUAUGGCUAGAAAAAAACCGGAGGGUUGUUAGUUUGAGUUCACAACUUUACAUGUACUUUACAUGCAACCGUGUUAUGUUUCAAAUGACAUGUAUGGUGUGUUGCCUUCA